UAUUAGACAGGCUGGGGUUUUACGCAGUUCAUUUCUGUGGAUGGGGAAGUGCUGAUCGGAGCAAGGGGAGAGAGAGGGAGAGGGAGAGAGAGAGAGAGAGAGAGAGAACAACGGUUCACAGGGGAGAGCGGAGAGAGAAUAAAAAAGGGGGCUUCGUUCUGUCUGCCCUCUCAAUGCUUGUCUGACAGAGGGGGAGUGUUGGUCGUUUGCAGGUUGCGCUCCUGGAGCCUGUGUUUCCGAGUUGGGGGAGCUUCGAAUUGCAUUGACUCGCUAGUUUUCUUUGUUUGAAUCGGUGUGUGUGAGUGAGAUACAAUUAACCAGGAUGGGCAGCACGCUGACUAAACCAAAAUCCCAGGAUGCCAGUGGAGUAGUGGCCGGCAAAACUAAUGGCCAGGAAAAUGGCCAUGUGAAGACCAACGGCGACGUGUCUCCGACUAAACCCGAUGGAGAUGCCGUGGCUGUCCCAGCAAAUGGAAGUGGCACUACAGAGGGCUUGAAAGAAGCAGCUGAAAGUUCAGGCGAUACCAUCGAACCAGCACCACCUGCAGAGGGGGAAGGUACCAAACCCGAAGCCACUGAGACUCCCAAGAAGAAGAAGAAAAAAACCCUGUCUUUCAAAUCCUUUAAGCUGGGUAAAAUGUCUUUCAAGAAGACCAAGAAAUCCGAGGCAGCUGAAAAUAGUCCCGCCGAAGAUAAAAGUGAAGCCAAGGCAGCUGAACAAACUAAAACAACCAGCAACGAAGCUAAAGAGAAUGCUGCGGAGGAGAUGAAGGAGGAGAAACAAGCAGAAGCCAGUGCUUCUGAGGGACAAGAAACCAAAGCUAACAAUGAAGAGUCUCAGACUAAGGAGGAGACAGCCCCUGCAAAGGAGGAACAGCAACAAACUUCAGGUGAAGAGGUCAAGCAGGAGACAACUGAGGAACCUACAAAACCAGCAGAAAGUGAAGAGCCCAGUUCAACACCUGCACCAGCUGACCAAAAGGAAGAGUAAAACUGAAACUGUUUACAAACUCUAUCUGUGCCACGUGUUCACACAAGACCAACUGCCCCAUCAAGCAGUCGACCCUAAUCAUGGACAUGCACACAGCCCACUUCUUUUGUUGCUAGAUCUGUUCAGCCAACUAGUCUUCAAAUUGUCUCAGUAUUAAAGUUUGCCUUUUCCACCAUUGAAUUUUAAAAUGUAUUUUCCUGGGAACAGCUUGGGUGCAAUAAAUAUCCACUUCCCUAGUUUUGGGAUUAAAAUUAAGUUUAUUGAAGAAAUGAGAGGAUGUAACCUGACCAAUGCUGAAUUCCUUCAAUUGUCUACACGUGGCAUUAAUCCUUUUAGUCACAUGAUCUGAGAACAUUGACAUUUUAACUGGACAUGGGUUUGACUGACACACUUUGGAGAAUCCCUUUUCAUCAGUUCAUUAGCAUUUGCAUUUCCUGCUUUGUUUCCCGAUUUGAGACAUUUUUGUGCUUUUUAGGAAAACAGCAGUUUGAUUGAAGCUUCUAGUUUUUUUUGUAGUUUUACAGUCUGACUACAACACUAUUGAAAUUUAAGUAUGUGUUCCCAUUGAUGAUUUUUUGAGGGGGAGUGCAAAGAGUUUUAAAUGUGAUAUGUUUUUUGCUGUUUUUUGUCCUGUAAAUAAAACUUUGGCCAAAUUGAUUUGCAAUUUUUUAUUGCUAACUUUUAAGGUGGUAUAACUAUUGUAACAUUAAAAGGGAAAAUAAAUUUCACCAGUGUAAAUCAA